CUCGCUCCACUGCCCCCUCGUCCCUGAUCCUCCUCCCCUCUCUCUUUCUCUCUCUCAUCAUCAUCAUCAUCACCAUCAUCCCCGUCGGCCUCCAGACAGAUUCAGAUACUGAUAUAGAGAGACAAAGAUCCAAAGAACAAGAGGAGGGACAGAUUCCGUCCACCCCAUAAUUUUCCAUUUCUCCUUUUGAUUGAUGAUUUAUUAUUAAAAAGCUGUGCAAAUUCCAGAUCUGGUCUCCUCCCCGAAGUCCCCACCCACGGAAGUUUGUCGAGAGAAAUUUGGAUUAUUCUUCUGUUUAUCCAGCUGUUAGCGCCACUUUUGCUGUUAUAAUCCGUUCACUUUGUCAUAAUUCAAACUUUAGUCUUUUGUUACUUUUAUUAUUAUACAAAUAUUUUGUCACUUUCCCUGAUUUUUUUUCUUUUUCUCGAGACUGUGUGACCGACUUUGAAUGAAAAAUGUGGUUAGUAUGUCCGUGAUGGACCCGUCUACACUCCGAGAUCGGCUUAGAACCAGAGAGGACGACGACGGCAGAGAUGCUUGGGCCGGACUGACCCUCGGCGCCGUGUUGGGCUGCGAGAAGCGGCCUCCGCCGGGCCACAUCAACCGAACCCUCCUGGACAUUAUCAGAGACGAGUCCACCGGUUACAAAGACGUUCUUGGCCAGCCGAACAACAACAACAAGAUGAGCUGGAAGUCCUUCAAGGAUCGCCUCCGGAUCCGCCGCGCUGGAGCCGCCUGGACCUCCUCCAUGCCGAUCCCAGCCUCUGACGUCCCCACCAGAAGCCAGCUCUCCCGCCGCCAGUCCACUCGGGUUACGAUGUACACCACCGAUCCGCCGGAGCCGACGGAGACCUUCGAAGAAUCUCCUGGUGCGCCGGAGAACCCCCUCCCCGUCGAGGCCGUCCAAGUCCAUAACUUAAGGCCUCAGUUUUCACGGAACAAUUCCAUUCGUGCUCCGUCCCGGACGUUCAGCCGAGCCGACUCCACUCGCUUGCACACCGGAGUCACGGAUGGGCCGGUGGUCUCGCGCCGGCUGUCGGCGGCAUUGGCAGAAGAGCGAGAAUUGCAAAGGGCAGAAUCUGCGGCAGCUCUGGGAGGUGAUGAUGAGGAGGAAGAAGAGGAUGAAGGGGAGGGGGAGGAGGAGGGGCCAGAGGCAGCACCGAGGAUGUCGCUGAUGGCAUUAUUAGAAGAAACAGACAGGCAAGCGGGAAUAGUGGGACCCGCAUACGUAUUAGAAGAAGAAGAAGAUGAGGAUGAAGAGGAAGAAGGGGACAGCGGAGGAGGAAUAGAAUACAACUGCUGCGUGUGCAUGGUGAGGCACAAGGGGGCUGCCUUCAUACCCUGUGGACACACAUUUUGCAGGCUGUGUUCCAGGGAGCUGUGGGUGAGCAGGGGUAACUGCCCUCUCUGCAAUGGCUUCAUCUUGGAAAUCCUCGAUAUCUUUUAGAAGCCCAAUUUCCCAUCUUCUUCAUUCUCAUGGAUAUAUGUCCUCUCUCCUUCCUCUCUGUUUAACUUCACCCUGUGGUCAUGAAUGCUGAAUGAGAAGAAGGUAAAGAAGAUGAUACAAAUUCCUGUAAUGGGAUUGGGAGUUGGGGCCAUGGGUGCGGAUGGCUUCUCUUGAUUUCAUUUUGUAUGUUGGAUUGUUUAUUCCCCAGAAUUCCUUUAAAAAACAGGCCAGUGGAAUUGUACCAACAAAAAAGAAAAGGAUUUCCAGGCUGCUGUCAGAGGUUUAAGGUUUUUAAGCUUGCUUAUUUCUUUCAAUCUAUACAGGGUUUUCUUUUUUCUUUUUAA